UCGGCGCUCACACAGCGACGGCGGGCCGUUGCCCACUCGCCGCCGAUGGUCCCGGCACAACAUGGCGGCCGCCGGCCGGGCCGGACAUUGAGUGCCGCUACCCUCGCUCCGCCCGCGGGGCCGAGGCCACCGGGGACAGCGCCCGGCCCGGCCGUCCGCGCACGGAAGCUGAUGUGAAAGAAACCAACUAUGAAGGAUCUGAGGAGAAUUCGUACUGCCUGUUUCCACAAUUACUAACAAGUGCUUUCCUGCUGCACCUUCAGAUUGAGAAGAAAUUCUCAUAGAACUGAUGGAGUUGACCUUGGAAACCUACAACUGGAAGCGUGAUUCAACCACUGCUGGGGUUUUUGUCACCUUCCGACCUGCGUUGUGAAUAUGAACAUUUAGAGUGCUGUUACUCUGAAGAACCUCAAGGAGGGAUACCCAUUUUGGAAACCUGUGAGCUCAGUUAAGAAAAUACACCGAGAUGGCUGAUCAGAGUGCAGAAUAACAUUGAAAGCAGCAGUGAUCUCUGCAAGAUUACCUGGUGAUGCUGGAGAGUGAUUAUGACUGCAGGGAGCAUGGUGCUGGUCAGUACAGAAGGGCUUGUAAAGUGAGCUGAGGAUGAGAUGGGUUUACCACAAAAGUCUUGGCGCUCUCGGUAUCUGCAUCAUCAGUGAGCUGCAGAUAAACACAGCACACACAUCAGAGGAUGGAUGCGGAGGUGGACUGGGACUCUGAAAAUAGCACUUGUGAUACAGGUGCAGAUGGUCAGUGAAGAAAAGUAUCUACUGUGACUGCAGGUUCAGGUAAAUGUUGCCAAAUUCUACGGGAGUGUGACUUUGGAAGAGGUAUGUAUUGCCACUGUUAUGGUAAUGGGGUUUUAACUUUGAAGCAUAAUCAUGAUGCUUACAAUAGCCUCUUGUUAACUACUGUGGUAGAAGCAUCCAGUUUGCCCUUAAGUGCCAGCUCAGAUUUCCUUUCUGUCAGAAAGCUUUGCUUCCUUUCCCUGCCAGCUGCUGUGAUUUCACUAGUUUCUGUCUAAUGCAUUCUGCCUUUUCAGCAGGAGGCUGUGCAGCAGAGUGAAAGUAAAACUUCAGGGUAAUGUGCCUUUGCAUUUACUACCAGACUAUUUAAUGUAAAGUAGUGGUUGUGCCAUUCGCCUGCAUCUUUUGCAGGUAAAAAUAGCUUGUAUUCUCCUGUGUUUCUGUGCAGAUGUGAAGUCCCAAGACUCUGUGUGUAAGAGCUUGGGCUGAAUGUGAUGCUGUUCCUGGGGUGACGGCUGCUCAGCAGGCGUGCUGCACUCAUGCUUGGUACAGCGUUUGAUGUGAGGUCCUUGGCUCAGAUCAAGCUGAACUACUGUCCUCAGCAGCACUUCAGCUUGACUGCAGAAAAGAGACUAAUUCUCUCAGUCUCACUAGUGGAUUGCUUUGAUUUGAUUCAUCAAAGGAGUUUCUGGAUCAGGGAUCAGAUCUGCAUUCCUGUUCUUAGGAAUGUGUUGUGCUGUCUCUGAAAUGAUGUAAUGCAGAUCCCUGUGCCAAGGCCCUCCAUACCAUGUACAUUUACUAAAGCGGUGAAUGAGACUUCUCCAAGCUACCCCUGCAGGGAGUGCCAGUACUGAAAGGCUUUUCAGAGACAGGCCUCAUCUGAGGGCUGCUUCAUCUCUGUAAGGAAAGAUCUUCAAAUGGAAAGAGUUCUGGCUAGAAGGAAACGGUGGGUAAAUAACCUGCUGAGAGAGGUGCUGUUGUGUAGGGACUGCGUUGUAGUCUGAAGUGACCCAGAGAGCGGGAGGACAGCAAGGAGCAAAGCCAUCCCGGGAGCUGUCACACAUUAAGUAUACACCCUCCUCUAAACCCAUAUUGAGUUGUCAGCCACAGUCUCCCCUUUUUCAGCAUCUUGCUUUCCCUUGGUAUGCUGUGCUCUUGCUGUAGGGGGGUUUGGUACCUAAUUAAACUGCACCAGUAUGCACAGCUUUAUGCUGUUUGACUGUUCUGCUUAGGCAGUUGUGGUAAUUAGGAACAUCCAGUUAUUCUGCUCGUUGGGGUUAGCAGCCGGUGCAAUUUGUACCUGUAAAAGCAUAAUGGUGAAAGUGUUUUGAACAAAGGCCCGUUUAAUGGGGAAAGUAAAUGGCUGGUGAAAUGGAAACUGCUAGGCUUAACUGAAAGCUUAUUAAAAAGAUACUUGCCUGGAAGGUUGACUUGGAUAUCGAGUGCUCGGAUGUGUGAAGGGAGUAAUUAAAAUGUGUGAUGAUUUCUGGGAAAAACCUGUGGAACCCUCUGCAAAGAAACUUCCACAAACUCCUGCACAAGCUGCAGGAAAUCCAUUGCAACUUAAUUUAGCCCGGAGAUCAUCAUUUCUUCCAAGCUUUAAUACAAGGGUUUGGAAGUCAUCUGACCCUCUCUCAGUGUGAAUUGCAGGCUCUUCUCAUCACCUGAUGGUGUUGGUGAGCAGUGGAAUAUAGAAAUACAGAGUGGAGCAUGACACGCUGGAAAUAGAAAGGAGAACUGUGUUUUUAUUGUGAUUCUUCCCAGGCAGGUCUGCUUCUGUUCAAGCUGCCAGCACAGAUGCAAGACCUGAGGUCCUUCUCACUUCUGGAUGCAUGCAGAUGCACACCUGUUGUAUGCUGUGUGUCUGUACAAAUGCUUGCUCAACACCACUGCAGUGCAUGUGAGUUAAAAGCACAAGAGACUUUCUUUUAAACUGCUCAUGGCAUACAUGAGUAGGUCUGUAGACAGAGUAUUUAUUCCCAGUGUAUUCACUUGAGAUACAACAACAGUUUUAAAAUAGCUUGGGGAUUGAGGAGUCUGUGUAAACACAAAUAAUAUCCUCAAUUUUAAGUACGUCAUUUUCUUCUCAGUUCUGCAAGCGUUACACGGCAUCCACUUUGUAAUGGUUGCACAGUAAUUACUGCAAGAGUGAAAAAUAAAGCUAGGCUUCCCCCUGCCUGGCCAGUCCUUAGCAGCUAUGAUAAUAUGACGAUACAAGCACAUUUGUAUGUUGUUUACAGAUAUAUUUAAGUGUCUGCAAUGUUGUAGCACAGCCAGGUGGGACCACAGCUAACCUCUGCAGCAGGUUUUCUUACCACUCCAAAGAAGAGCAAAAAAUCUGGGAUGUGGCCUCAGAAGGUGUGUGAUGCUGGCAGCAAUGUUGUUGAGGCCCAACCUGCUAAGUCAAGUGGAAGCAAACUGGAAACAAGGGCAUCUCUCACUUUGGGUAUGCCUCCACAGACUGAUGUCUGAGGGGCUUUCUUGCCCCUGUUGAGACAGAAGACGACCAGCUCUGAGCAAGGAAAAGCCUGGCCUGAUUUGUUUUGCUCACACUCAUAGAAGGAGAAACAAAUUUGGGGUGCAUUGUGCGCUUGCCUGUCUUUUCACCUGACUGCCUUUUAAGUACACAGGUUACUAUAAUUGCAUUUUUGCUUCUCUCACCACGAAACACCAUUGAGGAAGAGUUUAUAGUGACUUCUCUGUCAUAUGUUGUAAAGAUUUGCUGGAUGAGUGGGUACAGAUGUAUAAAACAUGACCACAACCCCCAGCAGUGAUUUGAGCAUUUGCUUUCCUUAUUCUUCCAGACUGUUGCCAGAUCCUUCCCAGAAGCACUUGUAUGCAGGGGGUUGGACAGGCUGAAGCAGAGUCAUGCAGACACUGCAGAAGUAUCUUCAUCUUGCUUAUGUGUAGGGCAAGGAGAUGCUCAUUCUAAAACCACAGUGAAUACUUUACUUCCAGAAGCUUUGCCAGCAGCUCCGCAGGCUCUGCCCUGCGCCAUGUGAAGCAGCUCUGGGAGCUCGUGCUGGAGGAAAGCUCCUACGCUGCUGCAAGGCAGGAGAUGUGGGAGGAGGGCAGGUAUUGCUGGCUGCAAACUACAGUAUUUUCUGAAAUUAACACAAAAAGAAUCACAUCCAGAACCGGCACAUCAGAUGCUUCCCCCCUUCUCCCCACCCAUAUUCAUCAGUUCAGGAGGCUGUGAUGCCAAGUGGCAACUCCAUAUGGGUAAAUACGAAUUUGAAUGGCUGUCAGGGGAGGAUCAGCACCUAGCGAUGCCUUCAGGGUGCAGCAGCCUGAUGUAUUACAGACAGCCAACGAGACUGACUUUGCCUGUCAGUGUGACGAAGAGGCACUGCUCUGCUGUAAGGCAGGGAAUAGGGCAAGCAGCCAGGACACAGAGCCCCAGGGAGCUUCGAAGGGAAGUGAAUGUGGGCUGAAAUCCUCAUCCCUGCAGCACGUGGAUAAGACAUUUGGUUCUUUGUGAUGGCUGCUCUUUUUGUGGUCCCUGAAUGACCCCGAAUGGUGGGAUUCUUCCUUUCCUGCUGUGCACCUUCCCCUCUUGCAUCAUCAGGCUGGUACUCAUUCUCCCCACCAUUCUCCAGCAAUUAAUGCUAGAUGUAACAUCACCAUGCUGUUUCCUUCAGAAAUAGUCUACCAGGAUGGGAAAGAAGCCAUCUAGAUCCAUGCAGAAGCCUGUCACCCUGACUUUCAGCCUGACUUUGGGGACACCCUCUUCCCACAGCAAGACCCAGACUGAGGCGGCAGAAAGAUUGGUCCUGAUGGAGGAAACAAGGAGGCACUCGGCACAACGAGCAGCAAAAAUAGAUCAAACAGCAGGAAAUCCGCUCUCUGACAGCGCAGGAGAGCCACGCAGUGGAAAGCACUGGUCCAGCAGGAGGUCGUCCAAGACAAACAUGGAACUGCUCUGCGGGGCAGCCCAGCUGGCGGGCAGGAUGGGCAGGCAUUCUGCCUCACUGCCAUCCCUGCAGACGGUCAGGGAGGAGAUAUCCCAGCUCAUGAUAGGGAGAAGGAUCCCUUCUCACUACCGCCUGAAGUGAUCUGCUGGAUUCUUUCAUCAGAAUGAGUUUAUCAGCCUGAGUAGCAUCAGUGCAGAAGCGUAGAAUGGCUCAAGUUGGAGGGGACCUUAAAGAUCACUGAGCUCCAACCCCCAAUGGUUCUGUGCGUCCUCCUCAGGGAAGCUGGCUCCAAACACAACCUGGCUUUGUUCUGCUCCAGUGGAAUGUUUGUAUGGAUGCAAACUUAGACCUAAAUGUCCUGCAGGGACAUGUUGCUCAUAGAAGCAACUGCUCGCCAAAACGAACAGGGAGUUGAAUGGUGCCUCUUGCAUUGCUGUGGCACUGCCAGCGUUGUUGUGCAGUGGCUUUUCCAAAGUGGAGAUCAAAGAAGUAGAGAUUGAAGACUUGGUAAACAGGACAAAAAACAAAGCCCCACGCCAGCGCCCGCCUCCAAAGUAGCCUCCUGCCAGCCACCGUGGGGUGCGUGGAGGUGAUGGGGCCACUUUGAGCCUCUCCAGGGUGAUUUUUGGAUGCUAUUUUCCUGGGUAGGUGAAAGCUGGCAAGGAUUCCAGGGCAAAAAAAGGCUAAGUGCAUCCUGAAGCUUAUGCUAUGCUCAUAAAUGGAAAGGAGGGAUCUUCUCAUCUACAAGAAGAAAUUGUUGUGGUGUAACUGAAGAACAUGUUGGUUUUCUGUGCUACUCCCUGUAGGCAAAAUCAGAUUUUAACAGCAAGCAAGCAAACCAAAGAGCUGACAGGUGAGAUUGUGCAACAUCCAAACUAUCACCCUUACAGGGCACACAGGCAAUAGCUGGGGUUUUCCUGCAUCUACCAAGUGAGUGGUGCUAGCAGUGUUUAAUAUUGAGUAAUCCUUCGGGGAGUGCUGCAUGAUCUGUGGUGGUUUUAGAGAGAGAAUUCUGUGAGCUGAGAGAUGGGAGCGACAGUAGUGAUACAAAGCUCAUUGAUAUAGAACACAAGGUCCUUGGGCCAGAGGAGCAAUAGCAUAUGUUAAAGUAGGACUUUGAUGUCUGGAGGUGGCAGAGAAAGUCACCACCUGAAUGUUGUCAUUCAAAAGGCAGGUGCACGUUUAGAAUAUCAGGGUUAUUAAGGUUGGAAAGGGCCACUAAAAUCAAGUCCAGCUGCCAACCCAUCACCACCACGGCUUUCAGUGCCACGUCUAUGUAUUUCUUGGCGAUUCUCAUGGCAGUGUCUCUCCGUUGACAUUAAAACCUCCAGGUCAGGACCACCAAGAUGUCUGCUGGAUCAGAGGGUGCAGAUCUGACCAUCUUAUUCCAGAAAAUGUCAGCUGGGGGUAAGCACAUUGCAAAUGAAGGUGAAGGAGGCAUGAGGACUGGAGGUGAUUGUCCCUCAGUUUUCCAGCUUGGCAGCGGCAGGCGCUGAGCUCAGUUUCCACCCCUGCCAAGCAGAAGAAAGUGUUCUUCUCCUUUUUGCCUCCUAAUGAUGAUGACAGUACUCCUCUUGCACUGUGUGUGUCCUUAAUGCUGAAAGACCCUUCUUGUGCUUGGUGCUAGUGUUCCCAGCCCUUGGCUUGGGCAGAGUAUGCCAGCCAACUGGACAACCAUUCGUUCCUCUGAGAGCCUGUCUGUUCUGCAAUUAAGAGACAAAAUGCCCACCACUGUGGCUGGAAAAAGGUUUUAAUUAAAAUCCUUUGGUGUUGGCCUUGACUGGACUAUAGAGUGAACAGGAGGAGGGCAGAAGACCAAGGUCAUGUCUUGGGUCACCUCAGCAGAGCAUCCCUGAGCUGGGGCUGAGCACAAGGCAGGGCCUGGUUUUUAAUUGCUUUUUUUUUUUUCUCUUUGCCCUUGGGUGACCUGUCCAAGGGAUGGUCACAAUCACAUAGGAUGCUGCCAACCCAAAGUUGGGACAGGUCCACAGGUCCUUUGUGUCUUAAUGAGGAACCAUGAAUAGGAGUUCACAUCACACACAAAUGAAAACACCUCACCAUUAUCCCUAAUGAGUGUCACUCUUAAAAUGCUUUUGUUAUGGGCUUUGCUGGGCUUGUAGAGGUGCCUGGGGCCCUGUCUCCUGACAGGGUGACUGCUGUCACCUUCCCCAUCUCCCAUGGCCAGCAGAAAGAUGACCUAGUAGACCUGUAAUAUGUGUGGUUCCCCAACUGCUGUAUCUACAGAUGCUACAGUUUGCUACAGUUUGCUCUGCUGGGGAAAGCCAAGGAAAUUCAUGGAAGAAUCACCAAAUAAGCCCCAGGAAGCAGGGAGGGUCUCCGUGUCAUCCUGCUUGCUUACGUGGUAGCCAGCUCUCUGGACCUUUUUCUGUUCCCUCUGCUCAGGACAAAAUGAUGGAUUUUCUGGUUUGCAUGCCAAUGAGUAAGAAAGAUUAAUCAUAUUAUCACUAAGGUUGGAAAGGACUACUAAGACCAUCUAGUCCAACUCCAACCCAUACCCACCAUGCCCUCUAAGCUACGUCCCUUGUGCCAUUGUGGCAUGGGAAAGGGUUUUACUUUUCAUUUGGUCUCCGGCCUAGAGAAAUCAAUGGUCUUUUACAAGUUUAAAAACAAAAAUAUAUCCUUUUCUGCUGCUGUUUAAAUGCUUCUCUCUUGCCUUAGGCUGUGAUUUUGCGCUGUACAGUCUGAGCACCACGGGAGAUCCUCAGCCCAUGCUGGUGAAGGAGAUGGCAUCAAGGCAAACUGAGAGCUUGGUGGAUGGAUUUGGGAUGGAUUGCUACAUGGCACAGCAUGAGCCCAUCCCUCAGAGCCAGGACCAUUCCCCAUGUGCGGGAUGUGGCGUGCAGGAGAGCAGCAGAGGCAUCCCAUGUGGGCAUCAAGGCAGAUCCCUCCACAAGCCCUUUUUGGAGAUGAAAUCAACAUUUUAGGACGGUGAUGGGGGGACUUAUUUUACUGUUCCCUUAGAAAAAUGCCCUUUUGGAUGCCAAAAUACAGCAGACAAAGAUGCUGGCCACAAUUUCCCCCUCCCUUUCAAACCCCUUUCUGCACGGUGACAUUUCCCAUUUCCAAACCCUGCUCUCGAUUUCUUAUUCCUUCCUUUUCCCCUCCUAUUUCCCCUCCCUCCCUCUGAGCCCCCUGGGACCGGGCCCCUGCCCAGGGAGCCCUGGCCGUGUGCCGAUGGCAGCUCCUGGCACAAUGAGCACAUUCAGCCGGGCACCGCGCAGCGAGGAACAAACCAGGCAAGAGCAUGGGACCCCCCCUGACCCCUCAUUGCCUCCCCCAAAUAGCAGUGCAAGAAACAAAGCGGCUGAGGCCGUGUCCCAGUGCGCCGGCGGAGGCGAACUGGAAUCCAGCAUCACAAAACCAGCCCUGUGCAUGCUCCAUUCACGACGCAGGCGCGCGGGUGUCCUGCUCCCCCCUCCCUGCCUCCAUCCCCCCAAAAUCUCCAAAUCUGCCCGGUAACACCGAAGCAGGCUCCCUUUCCCAGGCUUCGGCCAAUCUGCGCGCUGCCAAGGCGGCGGUGCAGGGAACGGCAUGUUUUCCUUCUCCCUUUCUUCCUUCCGAGCCGCUUGUUUUUCUUCGGGGAUGGAGGGGAGGUGCUGGGCUGAGCUCAUGGGCUGCCCCCGCUUUAGCACACGUGUCCUUUCCCCAUAAAAAAAUGAUAAUAAUAAUAAUAAAAAAGGUUCAAAGGAAGCCUUGUUUUUCACUGCAGGCAGAUAAGAGAUUUUUUGGGGGGUGGGAUAAAGGAGGGAAGGAGAGCAAGGAAAGCAGGCUUUCAUCCUCCCCACAUCCAACCAGACCAGUAUUCUUGCCCAUUCCUCAUUGCUUUUCUCCCCCUCCUGUCGGCUUUGCUGUUUUUCCUUCUCUCCAGCUCCUAGCUCACAGCAGCUGCUGUGCUUGCGGGAGGCUGGGCGGCUGUAAAUCACUGCGGGAUGGUUUAUGGUGGCUGCCGGCUCUGCUCCAGCCCGCUGCCCUUCCAGACUGCCUGGGAACAGCCGGUGUUAGUGUGGGGAGAGAGGCUCCAGCCCAUCCCCAUGCUCCCACCACAGCCCACCCCUGUGUCUUUCCGCAGGUCCCUCAGACCCAGCUGUCGAUUGCAGGGUGUCAAAUAGUAAUGAAACACUGUUGGGGCUUGCCUGUAGAUGGGCUUGCCACAGAGAAUUGUUGGUGGCCAAAGUGUGAAAUGUACACGGAGCGCUGAGGUGUUGGGGUAGUGAGCAUUAGAUUACAAUCUCAGAGCCUGUGUCUGCUAUAAGGGCAGGGUGUUUGGCUCUGGGACCCUCUAGCCUCGUGGGAUAACUUCUCCUUGCUGCCUGCUUCUAUGCACAGCUUUAUCUUGAUGCAGCAAUGUCUGAUGGGUGCAGGAUGCCAGCUUGCACACCACUAUAGGAGCUCUGUAUUCAGCUGCAGGGAUGCAUCCUGCCAAAGCCUGGGUUAUCUGUUGGGUGAAGGAAACUGCAGGGAACAAAUUGUUUGCUCAGGGCUGUGCCAAGCUUUGGGAGACGGCUGCAAGAGCUUGGUGAGGGCAUGAUGUCCCUGUGUGCGCUGCUGUGCUCCACCCAGGGAGAGGCUGCACCCAGGCUGCUUGCAUAAACUGUUUGUGCAGGGUGAGGAGAGCCAUGGCCCAGGGCAUUGAACAGCUUGCUGUGCUGGGUCCUUAGUUCCUGAAGCUUUUUGCUCCUGUAAUCUUCUUCUCUCUGUUUCUCAUCCCCUUUCCUUGGGCCUACAGUCAUAUCAGGACAUGUAGAAGCUACAGAGCACAUGUGGUGUGUGGAUAACCAGUACAGCCCAUCACUUCCUAGCUCUGCACACCCGCAGCAUGGAUCCAGAAGGAGACACAGUCUUGAGAUUGACUUGAACAUUGGUGGAAUAAAGAUGCAUGCAGCAAGGCCACUGCUCCAGUUGCCCACAGGUGCAGUUGCUGGGUACCACAGGGCUGACUGUGGUGUUAAUAGGGAAAGCCUCAGCACUGGCUCACUCAGGCUUCGCUGGGAAAUAAUACAAAGGCAUGGAGUACGGGGUAUUCUAUCGGAUGGUGUAGAAUCAUAGAAUCAUUAAAGUGGGAAAGAUAACUAAGAUCACCUAGUUCAACCAUCAGCUCUUCCCCACCGUGCCCACUUACCAUGACCCUCAGUGCCAGAUCUCCAUGGUUCUUGAGCACCUCCAGUGACAAUAUAGGAUAUAGGCACAGUCUACAACUAACUGUAGGAAACAUCAGGCAAACCAGCAGCUAAGACCUGAACUGCAUACAGGAUGUGGCUGCAGUGUGAGGAAAUGUGUUGGUUUUGCUCAAGUCUAAAGUAAAGAAGAGAUUGAGCUCAGCCCAGAGGACACCCAGAGCAACAGAAGUGACCUUCCCACUGCUUUUCAGACCUCAGAGGAGAUUUCCCUGGCAGAAUGACUCGGUUUUCUUUUGCAGCAA